CCAAUCACGUUGCACUACAUACAUAGGUGGCGUUCUUUAAGUUGGACUAUAAGGACGACCAUCUAUAUAUAAUGUCUCAUCAGAAACCACCAUAAAUGUGCCGAUUUAAACUGUUCUGCGCUUCAUUUCAAUUCAGUCAAAUUAAAACGUUCUUCGAUUUGUACUAAGAGGAGAAGAAAAUUAAUUAAUCAUUAUACAAUACAUAAAUCAUAAGCAAACAAAUUAAUUUUUUUCAUUUCGAAAUUUUUCGAACAGCCAACCGCCCGCCGCUCACAGAUAUCCGUGCUGUGAAGUUUGCUUCCGUUCAUUCGAGUAAACUUCGCGGUACACGGCAAAUUAGUUAAUGCACUGACGCAUGCUUUCGCAACGGAUUUGAAAAUGUCCAAAAGUUCUGUAGAUUCUACCAUCGAUGAACAGGAUGGAAGGGAUCAGGAUGAUCGCGAUAAAUCGAGUGCUAAAAUAAUGAAGCGUUUGAAGGCACUAUUCUGCUUCUGUUUUAAACGCGAGCCACGCGCGGGGGAAAUCGUCGAAUACGAUCCUGACGAGUACGAUUACAUCGUCGAGAAGCUCGUUGUGAGACGCGUGCCACUCGCUUUCUUUGCGAUCGCGGCUGAUCUUCAGGAUCUACGUCGACAAACCCCAUCGAUGUCCUCGCAAUCGACAUCCUCGUCUACGGUUAGUUGGAGUAAACCUACGGUAAACGUCGUGACGCAGGCUACCUCGACGAGGAGCGUGAUAGACAGAACCGCGUACGACUUCACGGCAAAUAAAGCUCUGCGUUUCGACACAGAUGGAAAUCGAGUCCCGAUUAUGAAAAGGCAGGUCCAUUUAAUAAUAAAAAAAUUAAAUUUCGAAUUUUCGAAAUUACUAAACCUGAAUGCGCCUAAUAAAUCUCAGUAUGUUUUAUUUGCGUCUUUUUUUAAAGGAUUUUUUAAAGGAUUAUUCAUGCAUAGGCGAUUGAAUUUACUUAAAUAAAGAA